AUGGCCGGGAACCGUGAGGAGGCGCCAGACUACGGGCGAGGCGUCGUGAUUAUGGAUGACUGGCCAGGGUAUGAUUUGAGCUUAUUCACGUACCCACAGCACUACUACGGAGACUUGGAAUACGUGCUCAUCCCUCAUGGCAUCAUUGUGGACAGAAUUGAACGGCUGGCUAAGGAUAUUAUGAAAGACAUAGGAUACUGUGACAUUAUGGUCCUGUGUGUACUCAAAGGAGGCUACAAGUUCUGUGCAGAUCUGGUAGAACACCUAAAGAACAUCAGUCGCAAUUCUGAUAGAUGUGUCUCUAUGAAGGUUGAUUUCAUCCGACUAAAAAGUUACAGGAAUGACCAGUCUAUGGACGAGAUGCAGAUCAUUGGAGGCGAAGAUCUUUCGACUCUGGCCGGAAAGAAUGUCCUCAUUGUUGAGGAUGUUGUUGGAACUGGGAGAACCAUGAAAGCCUUGCUCAGUAGCAUAGAGAAGUACAAGCCCAACAUGAUCAAGGUAGCCAGUUUGUUGGUGAAGAGAACACCUAGAAGUGAUGGCUUUAGACCUGACUAUGCUGGAUUUGAGAUUCCAAACUUAUUUGUGGUGGGUUAUGCCUUAGAUUACAAUGAAUACUUCAGAGAUCUAAAUCACAUAUGUGUGAUCAAUGAACACGGCAAAGAAAAAUAUCGAGUCUAA